AUGGACUCUGAAUCUGUCGUCUCUCAAGUCCAACGCAAGAUCGAGUUACAAGCCCCAGAAGAUCUCUCAUACCUCAUCGCAAACGUCCGUCGCGCCGCCGCCGAACGUCUGAACGAAGCUUUCCCUCCGGUCGAGGGCGCCGACGGUGAAGAUGAAUUGCGCAAUCAAAUAGAGAAGCUCGUCAAUGAUUACAUCGACAAAACGUUCUCACUCGCAUCCCCAAACCUCUCUAUAAAUGGCCUACCCGUUGUUGCAAACACUUUUCUGUCCGAAACCCCCGCCGAACCAGAAGCCGUCUACGAGCCUUUCGACACGCGCAAGCGCCGCCGCGUCGCAGAUCUCAUCACCCAGGAAGAAAAGCUCCUCGAGGACGUCGCAGCCCUCAAGCGCUCCGUGCCCGCCACUGCCGCCGCGAACCAAGCCGAACAAUUGCGCGACAGUCUCAAGCGCGACGACAACAUGCUGGAAGAGCGCAAGAAGCAAAUUGCCGCUGAGGCUGCCGAAAUCGAGCUAGACGUCCAACCGCUCGAGAGGCAGGAUGGCGUUGAGGCCAGGUUCCGGAACGCUGUUGAGGGCUUGGGCAGGCUGAAGCGCGAAAUGCCCGCCGUAGUGGCCAAGAUGGAGAGAGCGCGCGUCGCUGGCGAGUAUGUUGUUACGCAGGGACGAUAA